UCAGGUUUCUCUCUGCUUCCUCUUCCGUGACAGAAAUGUUUGACAGUUACCGUGAAAUAGGUGCGUCCUCGCUUACGAAGUCCACGUUUUAAUAGACAGAAAUAUGGCCACGAUAUUUUCGUCGAGUGAAGUCUCCUUGAGGUGGAACAACUUUUCCAGCAACUUGACUUCUGGCUUUUUUUCUCACUUGAGCGAGAAUGAUCUGGUCGACGUAACAAUCGCCGUCGAGGGACGUUUGUUGGCUGCCCAUAAGCUGGUUCUCUCUGUGUGCAGUCCUUAUUUUAAGAACAUAUUCAAGGAGAAUCCCUGCCAACAUCCGGUGAUAAUACUGAAAGAUGUAAAGUACGAGGAGAUAACAUCUCUGCUGAAGUUCAUGUAUCAAGGAGAGGUGAACGUGAAACAGGACGACCUGCCUACUUUACUGAAGGUGGCGAAGAUGCUGCAGAUAAGCGGAUUAGUGGGUUGCGAGGAACAAAUCAUACCAAUGUUAAAUGAUUACGUCAAUAUAUCACAUCCGCACGAUUCUAAGGAUAUAACUGCCUUGUCCGACGGUCCGAGCGAGCAAGGAAGCGUGAGCAAAGUUUCGGACAAGUCCGCGCACUCUCACAGGAUAGCCAAGAGGAACACUAGAACGAGAAAGAAACGCAUGGCCGAGGAUGAUUACGACUCGGUCAAGAAAUUAAGGAAUGAAUCAAAUGUCGACAAAGACGACGAUAUCUGUCUCUUAUCAGAUACCAAUGAAAGAGAUACGAAUGAUUCUAACAGUGAAAAGGAUAUCAGACAUAACGAGACCACUGAGGCUAUUAAUAAUAGUGAAGAAAUAAUUGAGUUGUCUAAUGAACAAAAUUUGGAAAGAAAUUCGUUACUACAAUCAGCUGUGGAGCCAGUAAUCUACCGACUGUCCGCCAGAGGUAAGCCGCAACUGGUUCACGAAGGAUACGUGUACAACAUGACCUCUCGUACCAAAGCGAACAACAGCUCGCACUAUCGUUGCGCGAUGCAGCAUCGCGGUUGCCGCGGCAAGUGCUCGGUGAUCGCCGAGACGUUCAUGCCGACAGGGGUGCACCAACACAAUCAUCCACCAAGUUAUCAAUCGGAGUACGAUUACAGGAUGAAGAAAGGCUUAGAUACCGAUAACGUAUAAGGAUUGUUUCACGAUGCAUUUCAAGAUGUCUUGUAUCCGGAUAUAUGCAUCUUUUAGUCUUUAUAUACUAUAUCGAUACCCAGCAAUUGGAACAGACAAUACGUUUAGUCGGUAAAAAAUUAAUAGCACUCACGUUUCAACGAUCUAAAUUUAAAUUUAAAAACAAUUUUUGCAUAAUAUACAUACAUCUCACAUGUAUAAUCGUUGCUAAUCGAUUCCAUAAUAUAGCAUAAUGUAAUAUCUGUAAUGAAAUCUGUGAAGAGAGAUAUAAGUUUAGAUAUCUUCAAUCUAGAUCUUAACUAUAUCUCUUCAUUGAUCAGCCGAGCAAGGCAGAAGAAGAUUAGAUUUCCUUAAUUUAAAAUGUCUCGAGAUCAGAUAUUGGCUAUUCCAAUUGCAAAGAAUUCAUUGCCGGCCAAAUAUAGAAUCUAGCAUUUUGUAAAUAGCUCGGUUCUAUAAUUUGACGGUGCCCAACACUGCUAUUCAGUGAAAUCGACAUAUCGUGAAAUUCGCAUUUGACUGAACCUUUUAAGAGUUUUUAUUAUUAUCAUUAUAGUGUUGAAACCGCUCUCAAGGCUUCAUAUGAUACUUUUAUACACGAGAAUAAUGAUUCUUUAAGAUUUAAUUAUACCUUACCAUGAAGAAUCUAUUCUUCAUGUACCUUACUAUGCUUUCAUGCAACUAAAUUCACAGUAAUUUUGUACGUAAUGUAGUUAUGAUUAAGCAUUUUCUGAGAUCUUGGGACAUUCCAGUUAAAACUCUUGAUUUAGUCCUGCAUUUACGAUGUUAGAGUUUAAAAAAUCUUAUUUAUUCUCGCGAUAUACAUAGAGAUAAAUCAGUUUUCCUUUUCUGACACUUUGAUUCUCUAUUUUAUUAUUGGAAAACUAUUUUAAAUAUAAUAGCUUUCCAAUUUUCUUU